AUUUGUGUGAAUCUUGUAAACUUCCUAAAAUAUUCCUCUUCUCGAAAUGUGGGUUUGUUUGUCGAUGAAGUAGAAGUAGAUGAAAAGGAAGAAACUUUGUGGGUUUAGAUUUUGAUUUAUUCGACUGCUAUGGCUUCCGUGAUGCUACUGUUUGUAGUGUUCGUCUUUGAUCUCAUAGCUUUUGGUCUUGCCGUUGCUGCGGAACAGCGAAGAACCACCUGGCAAGUUGUUAAUGAAUCAAGAGAUUCAAGCUACUGUGUCUAUGAGAAGGAUAUAGCAACGGGUCUCGGAAUAGGUUCUUUCUUGAUCUUACUAGCGAGUCAGCUCUUCAUGAUGGUGGCGAGCCGAUGCUUAUGCUGUGGAAGAGCCUUGACACCAAGUGGGUCUAGAUCCUGUGCUAUUCCUCUCUUCAUUACCACCUGGGUCUUCUUCUUCAUAGCAGAAGUGUGUUUAUUUGCGGGAUCUGUGCAAAACUCUUACCAUACAAAGUACCGUGUCUACCUUGGGAACACAGCUCCUUCUUGUCGAUCAGUAAGGAAAGGCGUGUUUGGUGCUGGAGCUGCGUUCAUAAUUCUCACAGGGAUUGUCUCCGAACUUUACUACGUGUGCUUGACACGGGCCAAAGACUUUGAGGUUCCUAAAGAUCCGGGUAUUCGUAUGAGUAGCUUGUAGAACUUACAGACACCCUCAUAGUUGAUUUAGAAUUAGAAAAGCUUUAGACCAUUGUUGUUGUGAUCAUAUUGUAUGAAUUAUAUGUGUACUUCUUCCAUGUCUAUGAGAAAUAGAUUCAGUUA